GUCCUUUGUACCUAACUAUGGGUAUUCGACAAUGGAAUACCCCGAGAAGGACGGCACCAAGGAAAAUUCGGCAAAAGACGCCAUGAAGGGUGCCGAUGGCACUUCGCGCCAUUGUCCAAAAUCAAUCAACAGUUAUCGUUUAGUGUUGGCCUACUAGUAGUGAUUGGAAUGAAUUUUGGAGAAUUACAUUUGAUCCCAUAACAGUCGAAUAACCGACGCGCAUUAGAUUCGUUAGAAGUUUGUGCCACGGGGUGCAUUUUCAUCGCUUCCAAGCACAGUCGUGCAGCGUGGCUACUCGAGUAGUAGAUCAACCACUGUGACAGUCUUCUUCAAACAACUUUUCCACACCUCCAUCUCCUCUUCCUCCACUUUUCGGCUGAUCAGGCGUGGCUGCUACUGCUACAACAACAACAACAACAACAACAACAGAGCAGUGAAAGCGAUCUGUUUGAUUGGCAACAAGAGUAUCUGUCGCGUCGAUCCGUUUCGGAAGAGGAAGGGCCCAUUGACAGCAGCACCGACAGUAGAAGCCCAUGGCCCAAGCAAUCUCAGAGAGUGUGGCACCUGUCUUUGAGCAGGAAGCCAACAGGCACCUUACGGUUUACUUCCCUGCAUGUCUUCAAGGAUGUGGCGUGACAGAUUUCCGUGGUCGUGAGAUCACGCAAGGAGACACAGUAAUCAGGCAGCUGGAUUCAUUUGCUUACAUGACGAAUGACACCCUUGCAAGGGGUACCGAAGCGAGAACCAACGGGUUAUCUCUCCUUGUCCCCAAUGGAAUGGUCUUCCGAGCGGCUGCAGGGGCCCCAGCGCAGGAAAGAGCUCCUUUGGCUCCGACGAAAUACGUUGUUGGGGAAGCUUACUCAGGAUCUAAUCCCGUUAAAUUGAGGGCCAAACUUCAUCAGCUUGAAGGUGGAAUCGAAACAUUGCGAGCUCGCCAUGUUGGUCGUGGGAAUGUUUGCAACGACAUAACAUGCUUGGUUGGGGCUGCACUGCUGAUUUGCAGUUGCGGAUCAAGGCCUAGAGCGCAAGCUGUCAGGGACGACAGUGCUUCCUUGCUUGGAACCUUGAGUCAAGCAGACCACCCACAUCUUUGGCGUUUGGCUGAAGCUGGUCGUCUCUUUUGCCUUGUGAUGUCUGCGAACGAAAGCCCCCAGAGUGUUAUUGCCCGGCAGACGCACCAGGCUCUCACAAGCUUACAGGAUGAUGUGUCAGCCAUGCAGAAUGAUCUCGGAGCUUACAGGAUGAUGUGUCAGCCAUGCAGAAUGAUCUCGGGAGAUUGAUGAGGCAUUUUGGUCUCAGCUGACCUCGGCAAGCAUUGCCUGAGACCUGAACACACGACAGCUAGGUCUAGGAAUUAUUAGUUCUUGGAAGUUCCAAUGACUAUACUCCUAAGACGUUAUGAAAGCCCGUCAUCACUGUGGACUCACUAGCUAGUGACUGUACAUCGUAGUUGAUUCUAGGACCCCCACAGCCAAUGGAGUUGAUCAAUCGAGGUCGGCCUGCGUGGCACGUGUUAAAUCCCGCGAUAAAAGCUUGCCAGAGGCCAGUCUGUAAAAUUCUGUUAACACUCCCUAUCGUUGCGUGAUUAGAAGUAUGCACUCGUUAGAUAGUGAUGAAGAUGUAUUUCUAAUGCGGCAACGAUAGGUUGUAAUGAAGGUUGUUUUCGGACAGGCUUCUGCGAAGCAAAUAAUCGCUCAUUUUUCAAAUAACCCGGAACCUUAAAACGUCUUUUUGUCAUGUGACAACGGUCAAUUGUA